UGCACAUACUAGUACUUAGCAACGAACGAGCGCCAUGGCACCUCUGCUGUUCCUCUUCCUCUUGCUCGCCAGGGCCACCGCGGCGGACGUGGUGUUCCCAAAAGAAGCCUUGCCGACCAACUCCGGGUACCUCCCCAUCCCGGCGACGAACGCUUCCCUCUACUUCGCCUUCUACGAAGCCACCCACCCGCUCACGGUGCCGGAGUCGACGCCGCUGCUCGUGUGGCUGGAGGGCGGCCCUGGCUGCAGCGCCAUGCUCAGCAACUUCCUCCAGCUAGGGCCCUACCUACUGGACAGCGGCAGCGCGUCCCUCUCGCCCAACCCCUUCGCGUGGAACCGCCGUUUCGGGCUCCUCUUCCUCGACAGCCCGCUCGGCACCGGCUACAGCGCCGUGCCGACCGCCGCCGCCAUCCCCACCGACCAGGCCACGAUCGCCGCGCACACCGUCGCAGCCAUCCAGUCGUUCCUGGACGCUCAGCCAGGCUCCUUCCGCGCCCGCCCGCUAUUCAUCACGGGCGAGAGCUACGCCGGGAAGUCCGUCCCCACCACCGGCGCUCUGAUACUGGCCACGAACCCGGCGCUGCCGGAGCGCCAGAGGAUCAACCUGCGCGGCGUGGCCGUGGGCAACGGGAUCGUGCACCCCGUGGCGCAGGCCACCACGCACGCCGACGCGGCCUACUUCAUGGGGCUCAUCAGCGCGAGGCAGAGGAGGGAGGCGGAGGCGAUGCAGGCGGAGACCGUGGAGCUGAUCAAGGCGGCGAGGUGGGGCGAGGCGUCGACCGCCUGGCAGCGCCUGGUGUCUUGGCUUGAGAACGCCGCGGGGGUGGCGACGCUCCUGGACGUUUCCGUGCAGGGGGGCUCCUUCCUGGACAACUUCGCCGGGCUGCAGGGAUUCCUGAAUGACGGCGAGGUGAAGGCCGCGCUGCGCGCCGGGGAAGGCGCGGCGCCGGUGGAGGCGUGCAGCACGGCCGUGUACGCGGCUCUGCACGACGACAUCAUGAAGAGCACCAAGGGAGAGGUGGAAGCGCUGCUGAAGACGGACACGCGCGUCCUUCUGUACGAGGGGAUCCGCGACGCGAAGCUUGGGCCGGUGGCAGCCGAGGCGUGGCUGCCGGAGCUACAGUGGGACGGGCUGGCCUCGUUCCUUGACUCCCAGCGCGCUGUGUGGCGGAGCAGCCAAGGGACGGUCGCCGGCGGCGUGCAGAGCUAUGGCGGGCUGACGCACGUCGCGGUGUAUGAGGCCGGACACUUCGUCCCGGCGUCUCAAGGGCUCGCGGCGCAGGAGAUGAUCGAGGAAUGGGUGUCCGGGACAGGAUUGUUUGGCGGCCAGUAGCCACUAGGGAUUUGAUUUACUCAGUAGUACAUUUUUUUCUGUGAGAUAUUAGGAUCCGAGGUACAAUAACUUGUCUAGGAGAAGCAAAUUCAUACAACAAUUUGCAAAACUGAAUGCUGCAAAACACAAAAUUGCGCCUGCCAGGUGUAGAUGCAUCGAUUAUAAAUAAAAUAUAUUUUAAAAUAUCAAACAACCUUGGAAUUUUUUUUAGAUGUACAUCCGCACAUAAAUUUUUAGCAAAGAAUGACAUUUUUUGUGACUUGAAAAAUGUCGUUCCCCAUAAAAUUUGAUGUACUAACAUAGCAUGAUCAGAUGCGCACGAA